UUUAAUUGUGUCAGUGACCGGAGGUUAUUUUCCGUCGCGCGCUAUAAUUUAUAUUUUCCGAUCAGUAUUUGCAACUCAUAUUAUAUUUCUGCAUUGAUUCGCUUUGUUUGUUUGUAUUUAUCCAAUUGAGUUGCUUGUUAUCAGAGGCAUUUCAUCGAGCAGCUCGUGUACUAUAACGAGCUCCCGCCAUGGAUGUUGAUUCGAAGCCUGGCAUGGAGGAAACUAUACUGGUCGGUGAUGAUCUGAUGAUGGGGCCGCCUUCACCGAUAAUUUCUUCGGAGAUAGCAUCACAUGUGCUCGAGGGAGUUGAUCUCUGUGAUGGCAUUUUGCGGAAUUUGUUUCUUUGUCUGCAAAUUAAUGAUAUUGAGCCCUUCUGUCAAGAUGAGAUUGCAUUGUACAAGCAAUGUGCUGAGAGGAGGGUGGGUUGUAGAGAUAAAACUGUUGUGCUUUAUUUAUUUAUUUAUUUUUCUCUAGUAGAGUUUUUGAGCCAAUUUUUAGGAGAGAAACUCCACUUUUGUAGGAUAAGGAGCUUAGACAGAGGCUGCAAGAUAGUGAGCGGAAACUAGGGAUGUCUAUGCCUUUGAAUCUGGCAAACGAAAGAUCUACUCAGUUGGAGGCAGAAGCAACUCAACUGGAGAGAUAUGGCAAUUGUCAGUGAAAUUCUUCUACUUUGCAUUAGUUGAUCAGAUUAGGUCUUGAAAAAAUUGGAAUUGUUUCGGAAGACAUACAAAUGCAUUCUUCCCCUGUAAGUGUUCUUUAUUGUGAGCUAAGAGUAGCAUUAUAGUUGUACUGGCUCGCCUUUGCAGAUCCUCUUGAUCUAGCACUAAUUAGUCUUUCAAUCACAAGUAUAUUCACGUCUACUUUUUAGUUUGUCCAAAGACCAUGAUAGAAUUGUUGUUUGUAUUUUGCUGGGGUGAAUUUUAUUGAUUCAUACAUUCUUCCUUUGUAUCCAUAGACGCCUAAUUUUGGCAAGUGGAGUCGAAGGCAUGGAAGGAUUUAGACAAAGAUGGAGUCUCCAUGGCCGUCUUACUGAUACUAAGUAAGGCCUUCCGAUCCUGAACCUUCUCGAGUCAACGAUGGUGGCAUUGACAUGUGUUAUGUAAAUGAAGGACUCUGCACAAGUUUAACUGCCAAUGUGUAACUUUUUUUAUGUAUGUUGUCAUGUAGGAAGCGGUUGGAAGCCCUGAAGCUAGGGAUAAGAGUAGAAAGAAAGAUGAAACCGUUGGAGAAUCGAGUACAAAGAAGAGAUGGUUUUUUUGGUGAACAUGACCUCCAUAUUGUCAACCUAAGUGAUGGAGGAAUUUAUUAACAGCUCAAACCGAGUAUUCUUUCAUCCAUUUUGUUGUAUAAUAUAGGAAGUGAGAGUAUUCUCAGCAUAGCAUAGCUUUCCAGUUAGCAAUGCUUCCAUGAAGAAAAAUACAUUUUAGAAGAAUAUAAAAGUAAAUUGCGAUC